AUGGGACCCCUUCCAAAUAUCUAUGUCUUUGCUUGUGUCUUUACAUUCAUACUAUGGAAUAAUAUCCAGCCAACUGUGGAAAAUGAAUUUAUUUCAAAUUAUUCAAGCAGUUUGCUAACUAAUGUUCCAAAAAACAUUCCAGUCCAUACUCAUGUGUUAGAUUUAUCACAUAAUAGGAUCUCUGGACUUAGUAUCUCAGAAUUUAUUUCUCUUUCUGACCUUCAAGUAUUAAAUCUUUCUCAUAAUCUAAUUACGGAGCUUGACUUCAGUGUCUUCAUUUUUAAUGAAGAUUUAGAAUACUUAGAUUUAUCUCAUAAUAACAUUUUGAAAGUUUACUGUCAAACUCUUGCAUAUCUUAGACAUUUAGAUCUUUCUUUCAAUAAGUUUACUGCCCUGCCCAUCUGUCAGGAAUUCGGGAACAUGUUUCAGUUGGAGUACUUAGGAUUAAGUGCCACGAUGAUACGAAGGUCAGACUUCAGGUAUAUCAUACGUUUGCAGCUACACACUGUCUUCCUAACCUUAGAAGACUUUUCUCUGUAUGAGCCUCGGAGUCUGACAGCCUUGAAUACAAGGAGCCUCCAUAUUGUUUUUGCAGCAAACCAAAACUUCAGUUUUUCCCUCUUGUAUGAUGGAAUGAGCACUUCAGAAAGCUUAAAAAUAGUUAACUUAAGAUAUAACUUGAGCAACAAAGAUUUCCCCUCUCCUCCUUUAACGCUUCUGAAGAAAAUCAAGACAACAGCUCUGAUGCUUGACACUGUGGACUUACAAUGGGCUAUCAUUUUGCAAAUUUUCCUGUUUAUUUGGUGUUCACCUGUGGAGCAUUUGACUGUGAGAAAUUUGACUUUUCGGGGACCACUGGGGGAGCUGACUGAGUAUGAAUUUCUACCCGUAUUAAGCUCUCUGGAACAACUGAUAUCUUUGGGUGGCUCCAUGAAAGUGCUAACUUUGGAGCAUGUUCGUAAUAAAGUUUUUUAUUUCAACCAGGAGAUUCUAUACCGACAGUUUUCAGAGAUGAAUAUUGCCAGUUUGACAAUAUAUGAUGCAUAUAUGCCACACAUGCUUUGCCCCAAUAGAACAAGCUCAUUUCAGUAUUUAAAUUUUUCUCACAAUGCCCUGACGGAUGAAUUGUUCCAGAAUUGUGGUACUCUGACAGAUCUGAAAUUACUUAUUUUGGAGAGGAAUAAAUUUGAGAGCCUUUCCAAGGUAAGCUUCAUGACCAGCCGUAUGAAAUUGCUGAAAUAUUUGGACAUGAGCAACAACUUGCUGAGUCACGAUGCAGCUGACGUGCAAUGCCGGUGGGCUGAGUCUCUGACAGAGUUGGACCUGUCCUCAAAUCAGUUGACGGAUUCCGUGUUUGAGUGCUUGCCAGUCAACAUCAAAAAACUCAACCUACAAAACAAUCAGAUCACCAGUGUCGCCAAGGGGAUGGCUGAGCUGAAAUCGCUGGAGGAGCUGAACCUGGCAUCGAACAGGCUGGCUGACCUGCCGGGGUGCAGUGGCUUUAUGUCCCUGGAGUUCCUGAACACAGAGAUGAAUUUGAUCCUCACCCCAUCUGCCGACUUCUUCCAGAGCUGCCCAAGGGUCAAGGAGCUACAAGCCAGGCACAACCCGUUCAAGUGUUCCUGUGAACUGCAAGACUUUAUUCGUCUGGCGAGGCAGUCUGGGGGGAAGCUGGCUGGCUGGCCGGCGGCAUAUGUGUGCGAGUACCCGGAAGACUUGCGAGGAACGCAGCUGAAGGACUUCCACCUGACUGAACUGGCUUGCAACACGAUGCUCUUGCUCGUGACAGCUCUGCUGCUGACGCUGGUGCUGGUGGCUGUCGUGGCCUUUCUGUGCAUCUACCUGGAUGUGCCGUGGUACGUGCAGAUGACGUGGCAGUGGACGCAGACGAAGCGGAGAGCUUGGCACAACCACCCCGAAGAGCAGGAGACCGUUCUGCAGUUUCAUGCGUUCAUUUCCUACAGCGAGCGCGAUUCAUUGUGGGUGAAGAACGAGCUGAUCCCGAACCUGGAGAAGGGGGAGGGCUGCGUACAACUGUGCCAGCACGAGAGAAACUUUAUCCCUGGCAAGAGCAUUGUGGAGAACAUCAUUAACUGCAUUGAGAAGAGCUACAAGUCGAUCUUUGUGUUGUCUCCCAACUUUGUGCAGAGCGAGUGGUGUCACUAUGAGCUGUACUUUGCCCAUCACAAAUUAUUCAGUGAGAAUUCCAACAGCUUAAUCCUCAUUUUACUGGAGCCGAUCCCUCCGCAUAUUGUCCCCGCGAGGUAUCACAAGCUGAAGGCUCUCAUGGCAAAGCGAACCUACCUGGAGUGGCCGAAGGAGAGGAGCAAGCGUGCCCUUUUCUGGGCUAACCUGAGGGCAGCUAUUAGCAUUAACCUGCCAAUAUCCUUUGAAGAAAAUGAGGAGCAGAGUGAUGUUACUUCUACUAGUAGUGUAAGUGAGUAUGUGAAUAGCUGA